AUGGCAUCCAACGCUCCAUCUUCAUGCUGUGCCUCUGGCUUCAAGCACGAGGGUACCCCCGUCGGCAAGCUCGAGACCAUUGACGGUGUCAACACCUACAUUGGAACUCCCUCGGCAAACAAGAAAACUGACAAGGCUGUUCUUUUCCUCUCCGACAUUUUCGGCCUCUUCAACAACAACAAGCUCCUCGUUGACGAGUACGCUAACAAUGGCUACCUGACUGUUCUCCCUGAUCUGUUCCGGGAGGGUCAGCUUAGCACCGAUGAUAUGGAUAAUGGCAGAAUCAACAUUCCGGAAUGGAUCAAGGACUACCAGCCUGAUAACGUUGACCCUAUCGUUGCCAAGACUAUCAAGUACAUGCGCGAGACCCUCGGCGUGAAGAAGAUUGCUGCCGUUGGCUACUGCUUCGGUGCCCGGUACGUUAGCCGUUUCUUGAAGGACGGUCAGAUCGACGUCGGUUACCACGCUCACCCCUCCGGUACCACCCACGAGGACCUGGCUGCCAUCCAGGGUCCCCUCUCUAUCUGCGCCGCUGAGGUCGACCCCGUCUUCACUACCCAGCUCCGUCACGAGUCCGAGGCCACUUUGGCUAAGACUGGCCAGGCCUGGCAAAUCAACCUCCUCAGUGGUGUUGUCCAUGGCUUUGCUGUCCGUGGUGACCCCAAGGACCCCCACCAGAAGUGGGCCAAGGAGCAGGCUUUCUGCCAGGCUAUUGCUUGGUUUGAGCGCUACCUGUAA